UCUGCUUAUCGAACAGCUGAUCAUGCUUGUUUGUUGAGCAAGGUCGUCAUACUAGGGCGCGUGUGCGCAACAAGAUCGCAACCUAAGGUCAAGAAAGACUGCAUAUAAAUAGUGGUAAUUUCGUAUCUUUUAGUACCAUUGGGUUUUAGUUGUAUUUAUAUUAGCUCCUAGCUAGUAUCUUCGUUAUUUACCGUACAAGGAGAGAUCAUCAGCCUGUCCCUCGAAUCGGAGAUUUUCUUGGCUCGCCUGCGGAAGCCUUGCCCACAUAUUUUCCUGACGCACGCGAGUGACUUGGGUUUAUCGAAUUUUUUCCUACCCAAGAUGGACGACCGUCGCUCCUGGAUAAUCCUGUUAACGUUGGUCGCUAUUGCAGAAGGCAGCAACCUGGAAGCUUACAAGCAUGCGGUGCUGUAUCCAUACAAAAAUGCCGUAAUUUACCUUGCCGACACAGUCAUGUUCCCGCUCAGUGCCGCUCCAGUUCCUGUGAACGCGAACCAAACCGAGUUGACACCCGAGUUGAAAGCCUUUGCGCGCGACUCCAAAACGUUCCACGCCAGUGUUCGUGCUAUCAAUGCCGCAGCGGAAGCGGAAAAAGUCAAAACACAACAGCAAAUAGAGCAGAAAACGGCGGAAGUGGCCGCUUGUAAUGCCCAGCUGAAUCAGAAAAAUCACGAACUCAAUGCGAAGAACGCAGAGCUGAGUGGACAAGAGGUUCAGCUGAAUGCGGCCCACAGCUAUCUGGCGCAAGCUCAUGCAGAUGCCCAUCAAGCCCAGCGGGAUUACGAUGAAGCCCAACGUAAGGUGGAAGAACAACGAAACUGCAUUCUAAAAAGAAAAAAGCGCUUUAUUUUCGACCUUUUCGAGAAGAUAAUAAAUGCCCCAUGCCACGUCUUUCACAAUAUUGACGCCUCGAAGGUCCGUCGCACUGAAGUGGGACACAGAAAGAAUCAGGCCCAAGCACGUGUCAAUGAACUUACUCAGCUGGUCAAUCAGAAGCGCGGUGAACGGGAUCACGCACAACAUCAGGUAAACGCAGUUACCGCUCAAAAGCAAGCAUUGGAACAUCAGUUGUUCCAGCUUCAAGCGCAGCUCCAGCGGGAAACGGAACUGGUGGCGCCAAUCAAUUUGUUUUACGGACAUAUCUCCACCGUUUUUGACCAUUCUGGAAGCCUGCAGAACGUUAUGGAUAAACUUAUCUCCAUUGAGCUUGUCAUAACGCCCCUGCAGCAAAUUUCGGAGAAGCUGAUAGCAUUCACCGGUGAUCAGUUGAUUAGAAACGACAUCAGCGCGGCCUUGACUCGUAUGCGUCAACAUAUUACCACCCUCAAAGAGAAACUGCCGCAGUAUCCCCUGUUUUUCCUCAAUCACGCUAUGUUGUAACUGUUUGAAAUAUGACUAGAAGGUAAUCUUAGUACUUUAACUCUUCAUUUACAUUAAAAAUUUGCGUGGUUAUAUAACAUAAUAAAUAUACUGUUGCACCCUAACAAUAA